AUGUGCGCACCAGUCUUCGUCGAAUUCUUCCAAUACUCUUGGUACAAAGGCGGAUACGUAGAGGAUCACCCCGGGCCUUUCAAGACGCCGGUUCAGCGAUGUUUGUCUCCCGACAAUGCUUCCCAUUCUUGCAAAUCCUGCCCACGAUCCGGAUUCAUUCUCUGUCCCUAUUGCCGUGAGGUGUACUGCUUUGACUGUUUUGUUGUAGAUUUUCAUCGUUGUUGU